AUGGCUACAGCGUUACAAGACCUUUUACGGUUUCUGUCUCAAGAUGCUAAGAUUCCAUUAGCCCUGGCUAUGGGGAAAGUGUUGGAGCUGCAGAAGGCCCUCCUAACCAACGCAGAGCAGAUAUCGAAAACAGACAUUGAAACUCUGAAGGAAAUUUUCAAAGAUGACAAACUAGCGAAGCAAGUGCUCAAUGCCGCGAAGCGGGUCUCGAAGAAAAGACCAGCUUCAUCUGAUGCCGAGUCACCUGUUCAAAAGAAAUCCAGAACCCCCAAGCCUCCGGGCAAGGAUCUCACUCCAUCAGAAUUUGAAUCUGCGCUGAGUCUACCCGUGACCUCCGCCGGGGAGGAAGAUCUAAAAGGCACCGUGCUCUUCACCAAUCGUGCGCCUCUGGUACUAGCUUUCGCUGUCUGUGUAUUGAGAUAUACUAUGCCCGAACAGCCACUUUCCAGUCGCCUCAGUCUUGCCCAAGCCGUUGUCUCAUCCAACAGUCGGACCAAGGCUGCUCACUUGGGGAUUGAGGAUGGACGUCCUGCGGAAGAAGAGGGCUGGGGAGAGGGCCAUCCGACAGUCAAGGUUCUCGGUCGUGAGAUCCAUGUUCUCAAACGCUGGGACUAUGAUCCGAAGGAGGGAGCACCAUCAACUGACACUCAAUCGGAACAAGUGGCUGAGGCUGCUCAUGGUAAAGGUAAUCAAAUGCCUCCUUUAUGGGGCGUCGAUUUGGAAACAAUCCGGGGCAAAGAAACCAAAAGCAAGACGCAUGAUGGGCAACAGAAAUCCAGCAAUGAUCUUCCCAUAUUUAGACCGGAGUCCGCACGGUCUUAUUUGCUGAAAGCAUUCGCAAAGCCACCCGAAGAAGACAAACCGCUUUCAAAGAAGAAAGCCGCGGCUGCCCGUGAAGAGGAGAAGGAUGAAUGCCUGGCUCGUCUCCUUCAUGCGGUUGAUUUAGUCUGUCAAUCCUGGAUUCCGAAGCUGGAACAGGUCGAACUUGACAGACGUGCUUGGUCUUGGUACAUUCGUGUGAGGCCUGACGUUCAACAGGGUGCACACGGCUGGGGUGAGAAAGGACAAGUCAAGUUGUCUGAUAUUCUUGCUCUUCGGCGAGGCAUCUGA